GCAGCAGCAGCAGCAGAAGCGAGCGAUGCAGGACGAGACCAAGGAGACGGACGGGAGCCUGCUGGGCGACCCAGGUCACACUCCCCCAGGGAAGAAGGGGCACGUGAAGUGGCAGAAGCCGCGGCUCACGCGCAAGGCGCUGCUGAACUGCUGUCUGGUGAAACGGAUCCUCUCCCGCGCGGCGCCCCAGGGAUCAGACACUAGCGACAGCGACCUCGAACUUUCAUCUGUCCGGCACCAGCCAGAAGGGCUAGACCAGCUGCAGGAGCUGACCAAAUUCACCAAGAAGGAGCUGCAGUCCCUGUACAGGGGCUUCAAGAACGAAUGCCCCAGCGGCCUGGUAGAUGAAGACACCUUCAAGCUGAUCUAUGCUCAGUUCUUCCCUCAGGGAGACGCCAGCAUGUACGCCCACUUCCUGUUCAACGCCUUUGAUGUGGACCGGAACGGAGCCAUCUGCUUCGAGGAUUUCGUCGUCGGCCUCUCCAUCUUGCUCCGUGGGACCGUGCAUGAAAAGUUGAACUGGGCUUUUAACCUCUAUGAUAUUAACAAGGACGGCUACAUCACCAAGGAGGAGAUGCUGGCGAUCAUGAAGUCCAUUUACGACAUGAUGGGCCGCUACACGUACCCGAUCGUCAGGGACGAUGCCCCCGUAGAGCACGUGGAGAAGUUCUUCCAGAAAAUGGACAGAAAUCGGGACGGCGUGGUGACAAUCGAAGAGUUUUUAGAGACCUGUCAAAAGGACGAGAACAUCAUGAGCUCCAUGCAGCUGUUCGAGAAUGUGAUCUAG